AUGCUACCCCCAGGAGCAGUCCAGCGCCCCACCGAGUCAACGCCCAAGCCACGGGAACAACGUUCUGAGUCCGCGACCACCCUUACUACGCCUGGUCUCCCCCCCGCUGCUUGAGCGCACCAUGGCGCCUACGUCCGCCGAUUCUAAAGCCUCGUCCAAGGCUUUAUCCUCCUCUACAUCCAAAGCUGACGAAUCCAGAGGCAGUAGAUCUACCCACACCAAGGUCGUCAGCUUCAAAAUUGCGCCGAACGAGGUGCCUGCGACGACUUCCGCUCAGUCUUCUCAUGCUCAAAGGCCCCAUCAAGCUGAUGUAGCCGCCCAGCCAGCCCAUAAAGCUUCCAGUGACAAGUUAUCCGCUCAGACAGCCGACGCUGCCGCUUCUGCUAAGGCUUCCACCAGCGCCAAAGCCUCUGAACAGACCACCAGCUCCCCAUCGAAGUCAUCCGCUGAGUCUCCUAUCACGCCUCACGGUCCCAAAGGAAGUCGCGUCGAGAUCAACGCAGACGCAAACGCAGUCGUCAUCAACACUGCUUGCGAGAAAUGCAUCGAAGAGAACGUCCGCUGCGUGGUAGACAGCAAAGGCUACAGGCACGGUGCACAGCGUCGUCACUUCGAGAGCCCGCUGUCACCAUGGCCCGAUGGCGAUUGCUUGGAAGGCAUUCAUGACAUGCUUCUCUGGUACAAAGAGUGGAGCUGCCUCCCAGAUGAUUUUCCUGAGCUGGACCUAGAGCCUCGGGGCGAUGACACCUGGCUAGACGCAGAGGACAUCGAAGAUGUUCCUGCUAGAGCGCUCGCCGACAUGCUCAAGUGGCGCGUCUGGCAGAAGCACUGUCCCUAUCCUCAAGGAGUCCCCGACUUUCACUUCCGCAACGAUUGGCUCAACAAGAUCCUAGCGGGGGAAGAGAAGCAGCAGGAUGAGACGCAGAAGCGUGUUGACCAGGACAGAUCAGGAUCGACUGAAAAACUCUCUGCAACCACGUCGACCUCGCUUUCAACUGAAGACGCAUUCGUCGCAUCGCCCAGGCAGCCCACGCUGCUUACCCGAGUCGUCAAGACCGUAGAGAAGACCAUCGACGCUGGCUCAGCAGCCGCUCACAAGGAGAUCGAGGUGACGGAGACAACCGCGACCGUUCCUCUCUCUCCUAGGAAAGUCAAGGGUCUCGUCGACGCCAGCAUGGAUCGUCUUCCCAAGAAGCGGCGCGUGCAGUAG